UAGCCGCGACCCCGAGCCCCGACCCGUCUCCGCGCUCACCGCGCCUGCGCUCUCCGCUCCCGCCGUCCGUCUUCAGCCGAGGCCGCCGCCGCCUCUCCUCUCCGCAGCCAUGGAGUCCUCCACUUUCACCCUGGUGCCUGUCAUCGCCCAGCUGAGCAGCCUCCAGAGCAUCCUCCCAGCUGUCUGUGCAGCGUCCUUCACCACCAUCGGCGCCCAGCACCGCCGCUGCAGCCAUGUCUCUCCUGGCGACCCUGGGGCUGGAGCUGGACAGGGCCCUGCUCCCAGCUAGCGGGCUGGGCUGGCUCGUAGACUAUGGGAAACUCCCCCUGGCCCCUGCCCCCCUGGGUCCCUAUGAGGUCCUUGGGGGAGCCCUGGAGGGCGGGCUUCCAGGGGGGGGAGAGCCCCUGGCAGGUGACGGCUUCUCUGACUGGAUGACCGAGCGGGUUGACUUUACAGCUCUCCUCCCUCUGGAGCCACCCCCCCCAGGUGCCCUCCCCCCGCCUUCCCCACCCCCCCCUGACCUGGAAGCCAUGGCCUCCCUCCUCAAAAAGGAGCUGGAGCAGAUGGAAGACUUCUUCCUUGAUGCCCCUCUCCUCCCACCGUCCUCCCCCGCUCCGCCACCGCCUCCAGCAGCUCCAUCCCUCCCCCUCCCUCUCCCCACCUUCGAGCUCCCCCAGCCCCCUGCCCUGGACACCCUCGACUUGCUGGCCAUUUACUGCCGCAGCGAGGCCGGGCAGGGAGAUGCUGGGCUGGCACUGCUGCCCCAGCCCCCCCCGCCCCCACCUCAGCCCUCUCGCCCUGCCCCCUACCCCCAUCCUGCCACCAGCCGUGGGGACCGCAAGCAAAAGAAGAGAGACCAGAACAAGUCAGCGGCUCUGAGGUACCGCCAGAGGAAGCGGGCGGAGGGCGAGGCCCUGGAGGGCGAGUGCCAGGGGCUGGAGGCGCGCAACAGGGAGCUGAGGGAGAGGGCCGAGUCAGUGGAGCGCGAGAUCCAGUACGUCAAGGACCUGCUCAUCGAGGUGUACAAGGCGCGCAGCCAGAGGAGCCGCAGCAGCUGACCGGCAGGGCUCCCGGAGGGCGGGUCGGUCCCCACUCCCCGCCCCUCAUCCUCUGACUCCAGCCUCGUUGCAAACCUCAGGCGCGCGCUCUCUCUCUGUUUACCUUUGUCCUUCUCUUACCCAUUUCUGAAUUUGCUCCUGUCCUCCUCCUCCCCAGAAUCAUAGAAUGUUUGGCCUCAUCGACAGCUACACCCCUCAAGUAACAGCUGAGGGACGGAGGCCCACAGGGAGCUUGGGGAGCAGGGGAGAGCUUGGAAACCUGGUCUUUACCGGGGAAGUGAGGCCAGGUAUGCCUAUGCAAAUGACUAUGCAAAUGAGUCCAGAGAGCCUUCUGGGGGGGAAUGAGGAAAGGGACCCGUAUCAUAGAAGCAGAAAAGCAAGCCAAGUGACCUUGGGGGAGGUUUGGGGGCGGGGAUCCAAAAGAUGGCCAAGUUCACAGAGCAGGUGGAUAUGCAGGCAAGUGGGGAGGUGGGCAGGGCGGGGAUGGCCAUAGUUGGUGACUGGUGUUCAUUUUAGCUCUGGGAGGAAAUCAGUGUUUUGUGAAGG